AGGAAGAUUGUGGGAAAGUAAAGCGGUAUAAGAAGUUCCCUAAACAAGUGUAGGUGUAUGUAAAAAAGGAAAUAGAGUAAUUUUAGCGCUGGUUGUUGAUAUUUUGAUAGCAUAUUUUCGUUCAAAAUGGAGGACAUCGUGAGUGAACUAAACUUUGAUGAAGGCAUUGCGAUGCCAGUGGCAAAUCUGGAGAAUAAACAGCUGGAAAGUGAGGUAACUGAGACCCAGAAGAACAUCACAACUUACAAAGAGCAGCUCGAUGAACAUGCUGACAGAAUCUAUGCUAUGAGUGAACAUCUCAGAAAUGUACAGCAGGAACUACAACACACACAGGAUUUGCUUAAUGCAAGGAAAAGAGAGAUAGGGACUGAAAAUCACUUGAUGCAGAUAG